GCUUACAGUCUCCUGCAUCUUGCUCUGUAGCUACUCACUUCUUGCUGACUUCUCAGACAGUCAACAGCAACCAUUAAGUUCCAAUACUAUUGUCAACCCACUUCGACGUUGAUGGACGCCCGUCGCCGACCAUGUUGGGUAGUGUCAGUAGAACUCAUUCGUGAUAGAUGAUUCACGAUCUGAAUAUUAUUUAGUUCGGUGAUAUUAUUAGUGGUGCUGCUAGUUGCCUUUGAGUCCAUUUUUAGGCUAUGAGCUGCUGCACUGUCACAUUCGAACAAUUCGUCGUUAUUCGUCUUUGUGUUCGGAGAGCAAUAAUUUUAUCAAGCUCGAGACGUAUCCAGAUCCGUGUACUGAAGCUACACUGUGGAUUCUUUGUCCACUUCAUUCAUGAUGUCCGUCGCUAACUACUUCACUGUUGAUGCCUUGGAGUUUCCACGAGGACUUUCUGGCGCCGUGGUUGGCGCUGAUUGACUUUGGAACAUCCAAUUUUCUUCUCCAAAACUAGAGUGAUGAUAGAUCAGCAACGUCAGGCUACAAUGAUCUCAUUCUCUUCUAUCCAUGAGUGUUGCGUUUCACUUGAGCAAGCUGAUUUAGUGUUCAUGAAACGCAGGCUUGAACCGAGGCCCUGUUAGUGGCAGGUAGACAAGAUCUGAGAACUGACCUUCUGAAGUGCCAGGAGAAACUGAGAGACAUUAUCUGAGGAGAUAAAGUCGAAACAUACAUUUCAGGUCGAGCAAAAGUGAUUCGGAGAUGGCAGGUUUGCGAUAUGGCCGCACGAAUAGGGCAACAGUGGCAAUGGCGUCUCUUCUCUUAGCGGCAUUGGUAUUCCAAGGCCACGUGCAAGUGGGGGGAGUAGCUGUAGGAUUUUAUGACCAAACAUGUCCACAGGCAGAGAGCAUUGUCACCCAGACAGUGCGAGAGUUUAACUCAAAGGAUCCCACUACACCAGCUGCAUUGCUCCGUCUUCUGUUCCACGACUGCUUUGUUGAGGGUUGCGAUGCUUCGAUACUUUUGGACGCAACUCCACAGAAUCCAAACAUUGAGAAAAUGGCCGCACCUAAUCUCACGGUACGAGGCUAUGAGGUGAUCGAUGGAGCAAAAGCGCGGCUCGAAGCUGCCUGUCCAGGAACGGUGUCGUGUGCAGACAUUGUCGCCCUCGCUGCCAGGGAUGGAGCCGUGCUCGCAGGAUUGAAUUUCGAAGGACGGCCGCUCACGAUGGCGACAGGGCGAUGGGACGGCCGAGUCUCGAGCAUGUCAGCAGCAGCUGCUGCACUUCCCUCUUCCAAAUCAAACGUCCAACAGCUGACAGCGCAAUUCGGUGCCAAAGGCCUAUCCCAGGAUGAGAUGGUAACGCUCUCAGGAGCGCAUACGAUCGGCAAAGCACAUUGUGUGAACUUCAUGGAUCGGCUUUAUGAUUUCCCCGGAUCAGCGACGGGAGUGGACCCAACUCUGGACGCGAAUUACGCUGCGGAAUUGCAGACGCAGUGCCCUCGCGGCAAUCCCAACCAGAACACGGUGGUGGAUCUCGACCCGGCCACGCCCUUCGUUAUGGACAACAACUACUACCGUAACGGAUUCGCCGGCAAAGUACUCUUCGGUUCGGACAUGGCGCUGUUCCACGAUUUCGAAACCCAAUUCACGUCAGAUCUCAACGUCGUGAAUGGCGUCUCGUGGAACCAGAAAUUCGGCAACGCGUUGGCUCAGAUGGCGUCGAUCGAGGUGAAGGACUCAACUGUCGGCGAGAUUCGGCUCAACUGUCGGCGAGUGAACUGAGCUCCGAGGUCGUCCCCCCCCCCGACGGAUGAAGCCCUAUGUUUAUUGGAUGAAUGAUCUCGGGUUCUCAUCCAUCUUUGUCUAUACUCUUGAGUGUUGAGAUGGUAAUAGACUCUCAAUUUUCUUUCUUGCUAUUAUUUCUCAAGCAUGUUAUUUAUGAGUUCUCUAGGAAAUGGGUUGAGUUAAUUACUUUUGGUUUAUAGCGCCUGUUGUGUAUUUUUAAAUUUUUUAAACUUAUUGCAGUGAAGUAUUGAAAACAAUUUUGCAUUUGAGGUAUUGUAUUUCAACCCAGGAUUGAGGUAUUCUAUUUCAAAUACAAGAUUGAGGAGGAAAAUUAUAGAUCUUUUUAUUAUUUUUGUAUCUAUUUCAAUUCAUUUUUUUUACUUUUAUAAUGUGUGAGGUAGAAAAGAGUUUUCCAACAAUGACAAUUUCUUUAGAGAAUUGUUCUUUUAUUUCUUUUAUUUUGGAUGUAGAAAUUAGAUGAAAUAUUCAAAAGUGUGCAUACACCUUUGAGAUAA